UAGGGUUCUUGGGCGGCAUUGUGGGGCGGAUUUUUGGAUUCCCAGAGAUGAUGCGUCGGGCGAUCAAUCGGGGCAACAGCGCCGCUGUGCCGGCCACUGUAGCGGCAUCGGCAACAUUUAUGAGGUUCUUCAAGCCGUGCGCCGCGUCUAGCGCCCAGCAAGCGGCGGGCAGCACUCCAAGCUCCUCGGACAAGGAGCCAUCGUCGAGAGAGGGCUUCGUGCACACCCCAUCGCUGGAGAAGGAGAUGAAGACCAAGGACAUCUUCAAUGCCGCCAAGCGCAAGGAAGCGGAGGCCGCCGCCGCCGCCGCCGCCGAGAAGAGCAAGGAACGAGCCGGCGCUGCGGCCUAUGGUACUGCGCAGCACAAGUAGGAGGAUUGGGCGUCGCUCUGGCGCACAGUCCCACAGGUUUGGAGUGAUUUCCUUCGCUCGUUUGAUAUCGACGAAAACAGGUAGAACUCUAGUACUGCUCUCUUUCUUUCUAGGUGGUGGUGGUGGAAUCAUUUAGGUGGUGAAGCUCAGCUCAGCUCACCGCAAGGAUCGUCUCUCUCGAUCGAUCUCUGCGAGCUAGAGAGGCACAAGAAAAGAGAAAAACUUAAAGAGAGUGGAUUUGUAUAUGUAUAGCUCCUGUUUUUGGGACUUGGGAUCAAUCAAUCAGUAGACUUUGGUGGA